AUGGAGGAUUGGAGAAGCGGUUUGCCUGAAGACCCCGUGAUUGACAUUGCAGAAUCUAGGACCAUGAGUUCUGGACCGGAAUCUACGAUAUACCACCACACACAGUUUCUUGGGGGCACUGCAGGUACAAACAUGGAGGAACGGAUACCCGGACUGCCUGAAAACCUGUGGAAUAUGGACAAUGUGGCAUAUAGAACCAUGCCUCUUGGAACACUUCCAUCCGGAUCAAAAUCCGACAAAGAGACACAGAUUUUUCAAAGCAUUGUGUGUUCUAAUAUGGAGGAGUCAUCGAUAUACGACAAAGGGAUACAUAUUCUUCAAAGCGAUCUGUGCUUUGACAUGGAGGAAUGGAGAAGGGGUUUGCCUGAAGACUUGAUGAGUGAUAAUUUGGAAUCCAGAAACAUAGCUCUUGGAACAUUGCCGUUGACACUCAAUCUCGGAGUGGAGUCAUGA